AUGUCUUUUAGAAAGCGUAAUGAUAUUAUCAACAGGCCCUCUCAAAUAGCCGUUCCCGGCAGAGAAACUGGCGUUAAUCGUGGAAUAGGCUCCAGGCACGGUCGGGUACCAACAAUAGAUGUUCCUCAAAGAGCUCCUGGGCGUCAUAUGGAGCCAGAGGUUAAUAGAAAAAUUACACAGCUUGCUGCUAAGAUUGGAGUGAUGGAUUUAAGCUCUCCUUUGAUCAAUGAAAACCACCCGGGUAUCAGACCUUCACCAUCUACUUCACAGCAGACUACUUCGACAGGUUGUAAUGACUUGGAUAAACUUCUAGGUCAUAUGGGUCUGCCUCUUGGUAACUCAUUAUUGAUAGAGGAGCAGACUUCUACUGACUUUGCAUCUAUUUUAGCUAAGCUUUUUGCAUCCCAGGGGAUUGUGCACAAUAGGGUAGAUGGGAGUACAGCGGCCACGAAGGGCAACACGCAUUUGGUAGUGCUGACAACAAACACCUCAUAUGCAGCGGAGCUGCCUGGUGUGUUCAAAGGUUCCAGUAAGACUGUGAAGAAGACCAAAAUCUCCGAACAGGAGUCUAAGAUAACGGUUCAGAAUCUCGUUGGGUCCAUUCCUUCAGUGCAUCAACCUACAAGAUACCAGGACCUAAAGAUUGCGUGGCGGUAUGGUUUGGCUGACGAAGGAGCCAAAAAAACCAGCGAAAUAUCUGACAGCGACACGUACCCUAAUUACAAUAGCCAUUUUGACAUUACCUCACGACUGGUGCCUGCUCCAUCGGCUGCAGAAGUGACAUAUGUUUCGCCUCUCCAGUCACCUAUUACCACUCUGUGUCAAAUUGAGACUAUCAUCAAGAAUAACAGGAAUAAGUUGGUCCGUAUCUUGCUGCCCAAUAUGCUUCACCCAGCUCUUUACCCUCCUAACUUUUCCCAGCUACAGGUAAUUAUUCCUUUGCUCCACGGUAUCAGAGCAUUAUUAAAAAAGUACAGUGCAAAUUGCGUGCUACUAGCAACAAUUUCAUCCGAGCUACUCAUGAACCACAGCAAUCUGCUACUUAUGCAAAUUGAAGCUAUGUUUGACUCUGUAAUAAACCUCGAGCCUUUCAACCAAGAUAUGCUACAGCUGCUGGAACGCGCGUACAAAUCUCAACCCAACAAAGUGCAACACGGACUUGUCCACGUUUACAAGCUGCCUGUAUUUUCUGAGGCAGGUGGGAUGCACAUUAUGAAGUCGGAAUGGGCUUUCAAGAAUGGUAAGAAGAAGUUCGAGAUCGAGGCCUGGGGGAUUCCAGUCGACGAUGAUAACGAUCAUAUUGACGCUCGCAACGAACCAUACAAAAAAGCGGAAUCAAAGCGCCAAACCCCAAUGGGAGAACAACAUGCACAACAGCAUUCGCCAGAAUUAGACUUCUAG